CUCAGCUCGAAACGUGGACCAAUGGGGAAAGUGGGUGGGGUGACGCAUGCUGCAUGGCACUGUAUAGUCACAUAGCUGAUGAAGAAACAGCACUGGAGGAGUGGAUGGAACUGCAGCAGGAGAGAGGAGAGAAACCAAGGGCUAGAAAACAGCUGGAUCAGGGCAAGAACAGGUUUCUGGUCAUGCUUGGUCUUCAUACUGGGCAUGUCAGUGUGUUGCAGAUGCAUUCCGGGCAUGUUCAAUACAAAGUCUCCGCCCAUAAUGGGCAAAACAUCACCAGCAUACAGGCAUACCCGGACUCUAACUGCCUUCUUACUGCCGGUGAAGAUAACUCUGUGCUGCUGUGGAGAGUGUUUCCAUACACGGAGGACUGUUUGAGUGUGCAGACGCGUGUGUUUUGUGCUCACACUCCAGUGUGUGUGUCGCUGCUCGACUCCCUGCUGGCCAUCGGCAUUCAACAGCAGCACAGUGCCACCUACAGCCUGGUGCAGAUCGACCUGCACACACACACACGCUCUGACCAUCCACCUGAGCACGACCACUUCAGUGCGAUCACAGGUCUGUGUGUGUGUCCGAAUCUGCGUGUGUUUGCAUCGUGUAGUCUGGAUGGUACACUGCGCCUCUGGGAUGAGGAGAACCGCCUGCUCAGGGCUCUGGAACUGAACGCUGAGCCAGAGUGUGUGCAGUUCAGUGGACGGGGUGGAGAGCUGCUGCUGGGAAUCAGAGGAGAUGUUUACAGAAUCCACUGUACACCCCUGCUGCCUCCGGAGUUCCAGACACAGCUGCUGUUUAAUGAGGAUCUGUAUGAACUGGUGCCUGAUCAGCCUAUCGCAUGCACCAUUAGCAAGUCUUGUGAAGAGCGUGAGGCUGAAGAAGAAUAUUUGGAGAAACAGGACCAAACAAAAGACCCAGACCUGGAGUGUCUACGGGAGCAAAAUCGGGACCUUUGUUCUCUUCAGAACGGAAACACACACAGCAGAAGGAAACCGAGGAGCACUACACACUCCAGGAGAGAGGCUUUUAACCGCUAUAUCCAACUCCUGUACACACCACCACUACAGAUUAGUAUCCCUGAUGAAGAUCCGUUCGACCUGCACGCUGCUCUGUUCCCUCCGAAACCCCCCGAACUGCGACCUUUGACCCCUCCAACACUGCGAGAAGGCUUCUUCCCAAACUGGAGCUUAGCUAAGAAACCUGACUCAACACACAUCAUGCAGGAAGGCGUCCCGUCUCGCCCCGUUACGGCCUCGCUCGGCUUCGUCCCGAACUCGGUGCUGGUCGGUCAGAUCUGGCCUGAGGAGGUGCUGGAGAACGCCAUUCCCUCAAGACCAUGGACACUCCGGGAACACACACAAGACACCGAGCAGGAGGAGAAGAGGAAAGCGGAUGAUGUGCUGUGUUUGGAUGAAGAUGAAGAUGAAGAUGACGACUUUAACAUGAACUCAGUCUUACAUCUCAUAGAAACCUCACCCGAACCUGAAAGCCCAACCCCGCCCCCUCCUGUGACUCCGCCCCCUGAGAGUCAAUCAGCAGAGAAACCAAAAUACACUUUGAAGCCACUUAAGCCCCUCCCACCUAUUAAAACACUACCUCCACCUCCCACACCCACUACCACACCCACUACCCCACCCACACUGGCCCCACCCCCUCCCAUACCCACGCCUACACCAGUGCUACCUGACUUCCUAAACCAGUUCCUGCAGCAGGAGUGGUUUCACAGCUUGUACCCCGAGCCAGGGUGUAUUCCCGAGUCCCUGAGCCUGACUGAGUUCUGUGCUCAGUUGCUGGACUUCCUGAAGCGCUGUAUUAUGGAUCAGAAAAUGUGUGUCCUCAAAGCCAUCAUCACACUGCACACACACAACUCACUCAACACACACACCAUCACACUCAGCCUGCUGGACUCACUGCACACCUGCCUGCACAAAAACAUGUCAGAUAUGGAGCAACGCUUUGUGAUAGAGUUGCUGAAUUUCUUGGUGUUUGUGAAUCCGUACAGCUAUGACAUCACAGUGGAGAUACUCCUUCUGCUAGCAGAUAGAGAGCUGAGAUUACAAGGUGUAGCAGUGUGUAUGCUGCAGGCUCUGGGAGUGGACGACGCUCAGCAGUGGCUUCAUCCUCAGCUGGAGUUCCUGGGGCGUGAGGCACAAAAACACACCGAGCCGCUGAGACGUCUCCGAGAGCUCGUACGCCACUGGCUCGACAGCUGGACGGAAAAAUACAAAAUAUUUAAGAGUUCUGGAAAAAAGAGUGCGCUCUCCUCUCUGGUCUCACCCUCAGAUGUUCUGCGUUAUUUCUGCUGGGUGCAAAAAGAGGCUAAGGAUAAACCACCAAGUGAAUCACAGGGCAGAAAAGAUACUGUAGUGCAGGAAACACACACAUACAGGUGGAAGGCGCUUCAUCGUCUGGGUGAGACGAACAGUAUGACGCGUGUACGUGAACCUCAAGGAUUGUGGCUGCCUCCACUGAUAUCCAGGCCUUCGCUGUCAGGUUUCACACGGCUGCUGUCUCUCCCUCUGCCUCGAGUCACCGCCUCUUCAUUCCCCUUCUCUCUAGAGGCUCACUGUCUCAAAGAGAUGCCGCCGCAUCGCUACUUCCUGCUGGAGCGAUCCUACGUCCAGUUCUACAGAUAACACUCACACCUUUUCAUUUUCAGUUUCUCCAGAGCCGAUUUCAGAGUGGGAAUAAAGACGAAGAGGAUUAAUGA